AUGAAUUUUCACGAAGACUUUAAGGGUUUAUCCCCAGACAUCGCUGCGCAGAUAUUGAUUAUGAUAGAACAAAACGAAGAGUAUAAAAGUAAGCUCCUUUUGUUUGGCCAUUUUGAACCAUCAUAGGCGCCAUCAGGAGAUUCAUAGAGCUCUUGGACGAAACUCGGUUAAACUGGAAGAAAGCGGCAAUGGAGUCAUAUAAACUUAGAGAGGAGAAUUGGUAAGUUAUGAGAGUAGAAAGUUGAUGAAUUGCAGGGAGCUGAAGAAAGCACUAAAUCAUACAAACGGAAAUGUCAAACCACCGAAGAAGAGAAGGAUUUCGGUAAGUGAAACGGAUUUUUUUACGUGUGUAUAUAUUGAAUUACAUCCAUUGACAACUGUUGUUUAGAGGGUUGCUGACUUUACCUGUAGUGAUUUGGAUGAGGUUGAUUGUACGCUUGAAAGAGAGGAACCUCUAGACGUUUUAUCUGAUGUCAAGGUAGAACUAUUGACUCCUGAACAUGUUAAUUUCGUGCAAUCCGCACAUCAGUCACAGGAAGAAGGCCCGAUAAAAUCAAGCGACAGUAAUCAGUAUGGAAGUUCCUACGAAGAAGCGAGAAAAUUAAUGUCUGAUAGAUCGAGAUUCCAAACAGAAAGGAAGAUCCGACGGUCCAAUUCUGUUCCGGAUUGUUUGGAAUUGGAUACACGAGUAAGGUUUCCUUAAUAUUUGAAAAAUCUUUUAGCGAAGAGGCAGUGAUAGAAAGAUGAAAGCGACUGUCGAAAGGACGCCAUCUUUGAAUGUGACUUCAAAAUCUGGAUUGGAGAAUGUCGAUGGAUUGUUUGAAGAAGAAGAUGAUGCCUUCUUGAUGGGCGAUAGGUCUCACGAAUUCCAACAACGGCGAAAUUUUACUAAUGUGGAUUGUUCAAGCUGUCGGAGGACGAUUAAUUUUGGCUUGAUAUCUGUUAGAUGCAUGGGUAAGCCUGAAAUGUCAUCCGGAAGGUGUACUUUGCAGUCUGUAGACUAUGUUACCAUCAAGAUUGUAGUCGGAGGAACAUUAUGCCGUGUAUGCCCCGGAGAGCGCCAAAAAAGAAACAGCAGAAGCAAGCCAGAUUAGGAGAUUAUUGUCCGGAUAUCCGACCAAUGAUUCCUCAGAUCGUCGGAUUCUGUUGUAUUCAGAUUGAAAGGAGUGAAACCAAUCUCCCAUUAUACCAGAUUCCGGGGUAAGUUGCGUGCGGAAGGGGAUCCCCGUUUCAGAAGUCAGGAAGAAGUUCAGAAGUUGUUGUCCGCCUUUAUGAAGAAAGAUAAGGUUCCUAAACUGGAAGAUUUUGGAGUGUUGACCAUUUCUGAUACAGUUAAACGAUUCCUCAGUAAUCUCAAACAACCAUUAGUACCAUUGGGUUACCAUGCGGAGUUCAAAGGUGCUGCGCAAAUGGUUGGAGGAGAAAAGGAACUGAUCCAGCAGAUCUCUGCACUGCCUCAGGCACAUUGCGAUACCCUCGCCUAUUUUUGUAGGCAUUUGAAAAGGUUGAAUGAGAGCUCAGAUGUGAGUUUAUGUUGCUUCAUCCCUAGCUUAAGCUUCAGCAUCAAAAUCUCUCCGUAACUAGUUUGGCCGAAGCACUGGCACCUGUAAUCUUUGGGACGGGUAACAGUCUCGUUCUCUCUAACAAGGAAGCCGCGCUUAUCACGGCUCGUCUGAUCCAAUUACCUGCAGACGAUCUCCAACAGCUACUUGGCGGUGAUAAUAAAUUGAACCGUGUUCCAUCAGAUCAUCUAAGGAAGAGGAGAAGAUCUUUCCAAGGACAUUCUCCUCUUCUUCCAGUUUCCUCAAUUACUGUAAGAAGAAAGUAGAUUUGAAAGUGGUCGCUAUCAAUCAGUUUUGUUUUGUAGUCUAGCCUGUAUAUUGUUUUGUCAACUUGUAUAUGUUGCGACUGUGUUUUUACUUAGAUGCCCAUAACCUGUGAUUUUUUGCCGAGAUCUCAAUAAAUAAAUUCUACUUAUAUUCCAUCACAUUUUUAAUUCUACGUUUGAAAAGCACAUUCUGUGUUUGAUGUUCGAAUUCCCAAUUUACAGCCAUUUGGAUGACUUGAAAGCGGUGGGUUUACUGCUCUCGAUCAUGGGCCAAGUGAUAACCUUGGGGCCGUUUCAUCGUGCCGAAGUUCAGAUGAAAAAGUCGAACGGGAUCAUCGAAUACACACCCCAGCCGCAAGAAGAGAUGCUCCAAUUGGAUACCGAGGUGGACCAGAAGGGAAAUACCACCGUGGACCACGUCUUCAAACGCACCAGGUAUUCUGAAUUUAGUAUAAAAUGCCCAUUUUAAGAGAUGUCUACGGACAGAGAGCCCGAGAUCUCAAGCUGAAGAAGAUUGAUUGGAGUGAGUACGUGACUCCCCUCAAGAAUCGACCCUCGCCUUAUGAUUUUCCUGCUUUUGAGCAUGAGGAACGCCCUAAAAGUAAGGUUCUGGCAUGAUUACAUUAACAGUUACUUACAGUGUUGAAAGACAGAUCCCUAAAAUUGUCCAACAUCAAGAAGGUUAAGGAGAACACCAAGAGUUUUUCCAGCAAGGAGAGUAAAGAGCAAGCUCUCUCGGUGGAGAAGAGCAAGGCGAAAGCGAAGGAAACCCCCAAGAAGGAAGUUAAGGACAUUCCGAACAAGGCCAAAUUCAAGAAGGCUCGUGUUUCCCACAACAAGGACCUUGAUCAUUGCAGUUUGGAAGAUUAA